UCGUCGUAACUGAACCCGUGACCAACCACGAAAAAUGAGGAUCCUGUGGUUACUUGUCUUCGCGAUUCUUUGUAUUCAACCCUCCACGUGGGCCAAGAGAGGCAUUGUUUCGAAAGAACAGUCUCGGAUUUCCGCGAGCAAGGAUCCGCUGUCCCGAGCGAAGAACAGAGACUCGAGCAUGAAGAAGUUGCAGGAGUUGUUGAAGAAAGCGUCGAAUUCUAGCUCGAACGCGACCAGACAGGUGACAGUCACCAGACAAGGUCCUUGUGAAUGCGCAGGAGGUGUUUGCAAUUGCUGUUCCAGAAUUUUAUUCGAAACCUGGAAGCAAAAGGCUUGCGUGGAUGUGACGUACGAUCCCGACGAGUUCAGCUUCACCGCGAAAAUCAUGAUGAACGAUAGGGUAUUGUUCACCAGAACGGUGUCUGGAAAAAAUCCCAAGCCAGUGUGCGUGUCGGUGCCACGACUUCCGAUUGUCAAAGCCUGUGCUCGCUUUUACAACAUCUACUUUCUUGGUAGGAACAUUCACAUGUGUUUAAACAUGGAAGGGAAAUUUCAAGAUAUCACCGUGUUUAAAGUUGGUUUGGACUGUAUCAGAUUCGGUGCUGACGGACUGGCUAUGAUCAAACCGGAAGAUGGAGGUGGACUGGGUCAAAUACAAUUUUUGUCAGGUGGUAACGAUGACCAGGAUGAGGACGACUAUAAUUACGACGACGAUGAGGAGGACUUUCUUGAUAUCUGAGGAUAUUUCAGAUUCUUUUCCUGGCCAGCGUGAAUGUACUUAAUAAGAGCAUAAUUAUGAUAGAAUUUUGAUGAUUUCAAGUUUUUCUGUAAUAAUUGUGUUUACAGAUGAAUGUAUAUAAUAUGUAUCUAUUUGUAGGCAAGAAAAAUAAAUAAAAAGAUGGAUUUAAACCACUUAACGUGGUGGUAUCAAGUAAGAGAUACUUCUCUUUUAAUCUUUUAAUUGCUAUUAAGUUAAAAAGUGAUAACGCUUAUCCAUUUAAUUUGUGAGCGGCAAAUAAUGUGUUCAGACACAAGUGGCUAUCAUGUACGUCAAUUUAUAAUCAAACAUGUUAGAUAAAUAUAUUUUUUUUCACAAUAUCUAUCGAUUUCAAUUUU